AUUUUCCCCAUUGGUAGCCAACAGAGAACCAGAGAAAGGUCGCACCAGAGAAAGUAAGACGAGGGGAGGACCGUGGCUGUUGUGACAUGGCCUGCAGAAAUCCAGAGCUGGUGCCGUAUACUGUAAGAGCAACACCUUCUCCUGUGUUAUGCCCCGAUAACGAUAGUUCCAACGAGGAGGCUGAGAUAAAUGUGAAGAUACCUGACACAGUUCUUCACAUAGAGACAGAAUCCUUCUUUGUGAACCGUCAACAGCUGGCUCUUCAGAGCCCCUAUUUCCGUGCACUUUUCUAUGGCGGCGGCAGAGAGAGUGGCAAGCGCCACGUUGAGAUCAAAGGUGUGGGUGCGGACCAGUUUCGUGUCCUGAUGGAAUACACCCAGACAUCCAAGCUAUCGCUCAGCAGAGAAAAUGUCCUGAGGAUCCUAGAGACAGCAGACUUCCUCCAGCUGGAGAGACCCAGGCUCCUAUGCUGCAAGUUCCUGGAGAGAGAGCUGCAUCUAAGCAACUGCUUGGGCAUGAUGUCCUACGCUUGGCAGCUGGGAUGCCGGGAGCUCUACACAGCAGCACGUGAGGUGGCUCUAACCCACCUACCUGCUAUCGCCACAGAGGAGGACUUCAUGUAUCUGUCUAAGGAGAGUGUGGCGGACCUUCUUGCCAGUGAUAAACUAUUUGUAUCCAGGGAGGAUCAAGCCUUGGAGAUGACCUUACGCUGGGCAACCUUUGACCCCAGUCGGGAGGAGGACUUCAUGGAGUUGGUGGAGCUGGUGCGACUAGAGAGCCUGUCUCUGCCCUACAUCACUGAUCUGCUUACCAGGCUCAAAGGGUCUGACCCACAAGCCAAACUCAUCUGUAAACUGAAUGACAAUUUUCCUACUAGCUGGUCUAUGGGCAGGUCCAUACCUCGGGCCAGCGAGACACUGUACAUACUCGGAGGGCCCCAUGACCAGGACAAACAGUCUCUCUACCAGUUUUACCCCCACAGUGGGAGAUGGCAGUCCCAUGCACCACUUCAGAGGAAGAAUCUCACACAGUACUCUGUGGCAGCAGUAGGAGAAAACAUUGUAGUCACCGGAGGAAACUUCCGUGAUGAGAUCUUUUGGUACAGCGUGGACUGGGUGCGGAUAUUCCAGUGUGGGAACAAUCGCUGGGUGGAUGGCCCUCCGCUGCAGAAGUCCAGGCACAGCCACUGCUCUGUGGGCCUGGGGCAGGAGCUGUACGUCCUGGGGGGCACCAUGGACGAGGGGCCUGUGGCCCACGUGGAGAAGCUGCCUCUGGGAGCACAGGUCUGGGAGGAUGUCAGCCCCAUGGUGCGGGCUGUGGAUAGGGCUGCCACCGUUGCUCGCGAUUUGUAUAUCUAUGUCGCCUGUGGACUGGAUGAGAAUGGGGAGGUGUACAGUGGCAUUCAGAGAUACCUGGUGAAGGAGGACCAAUGGGACGUGGUCACCUACUCCCCUCUGCCCAGGUAUGACCUUCUUGCAACAGUGCUCAACGGGGCCCUCUAUCUCCUGGGAGGUCAGGCAUUGCGGCUAGAUGUGGAAACAGAUGAAUGGACAGUUCUAGAAGAAGAAUGUCUGGACAGAAAGUUCUUUGGUGGCUGCACCACAGUCAAUGGGCAGAUCUACCUGCUGAGCGAGCGAAAGAUGAACAAAGCAUUCUCCAACAUGGUACUGAUGGAUCCUUACAUCGACACCUGCAUGGAAAUAGACAAUGCCAUACCCUGUCCUGUGCCUCUCCGUGGCUGUGUUACCAUGCGCUUGGUCACAUGACACUGGUGAGUUGCCAGUAAUCAUUUAGCAGUUCACAUCCUUCUCACCAACUCCCUCUCCCCAAUAUAAGAGAUAUUCUAUUGAAAUGGUCAGACACUUAUCAGCUAUUGAUUUAGCUUUUGAAUGGAAAGGUACAAACACAUUUAUCAAUAGUUUGAUAAAGGUUAUUUAUUGAUUUUGUUGAACUGGCCAGAGUGAACAAACGUAUGUGUGCAUUCAGAACAAGACUAGUUAUGUGUUAUUGCCAUUUGUAUCGUUGCACUAAUAGAACUUGUAAUAAAAUAAACAUCCAAUAAUCAUGAUG